AUGUUAACACGACAAGGUGUUUUAAAACUAAAUCAGGAGGAGUUUGUCCGAUUAACCAAUAUUGAAUUCGAGCACACUGAUCAUCUAGCACAAGAUCUAAACCACAGCGUUCAUCGACCAGUAUGUCAAUUACCAUCCUGCAUAAUGGCGAAAAAGACCGUUACAACAAUCAUCUCCAAAGCAGUAGAACAAAUCCCGAAAUUUUGCGGUACAACUGAUGACAAUGCCAUCGAAUGGUUGAAACAUUUAACUACAGCCUUACAUAUGGCUGAAAUAUCCGACUCUCAAGCAUCAAAAAUAAUUAUAACGUUUUUGGAUGCUGCUGCAAAGGACUGGUUUAUUGCCAAUAAGGAGACCUUUACUUCAUGGUCAUUAUUCGUAAAAGAAUUUCAAAAUACAUACUCAUCACCAGCAGCUCAGCAAUUCGCAUCACAAUGUCUUCCCAAUCGUCAGCAGCGUUCCCCGGAAUCAGUCAUUGGAUAUUACACCGACAUACUCAAAUUAUGUACAAUCGUUGAUCCCAACAUGGCCGAUGCAUCGAAAUGCGAUCAUUUAUUCCAUGGGUUAAAAUCGUCACUCAUGAAAGAAGUGUUUCGCCGUGCACCCACAACACCCGAAGAAUUUUUAAAAGUGGCUAAACAGGAAGAAGUACUGGAACAAUUGGUAAAUGUAUCACUAAGCAGAGACAUCCGCAUCGGUGAGAAUCUUAACGAUACAUCUGCUACUUAUUACUAA